CCCGAAUCUCGUAAUCCAUGGGAACGCAGUUGUGCCACACACGUGCCUGUCCAUUCGGCCCGACACUAAAACACACACCAUCCCCUAACCAUCGCGCAUCCCCGCAUCUCCACACCUAGAUCAACUUUAAUGUCGCAGUCACCGGGGCGCUUUAGCGCGCCCGUUGACCUUCCCAUCAACGCCCCCUCGUGUUCCCCGAGCAAUGCACACCCCAGCAGCAGUAAUGGCAACAGCUACAGCGAUGCCGCACCUCUACCUUCCUACCUAGCCCGGCACAUCCAGCUCGGCUUCUCGCCCGACGAUGUCGCUGCGCUCAUCACCGCCAUAGACUCAAGCCAAGACCGAUCGCCUUCCUCCACGAACAGGACGCUAGCGCACCUCCCCGCAGAACUGCUCCUUCAAAUUCUCGAACAUGUCCCUGCGGACUAUAUCCUCGAUUGGCGAUUAGUCUGCCGUGGCUUUCGCGAUGCGAUUGACGGACGGGUCUUAUACCGUUAUGUGCAACGAACCGAGUUGGUGGGGUAUAUAGGGGCAAGACAGACAGGGCCCAUGGAAGAUUUGGACGACGAGCAAUAUGAGGCGGUUCAUUUACUUGAGGCACGGUUUGCGCAUGUCGAGUGCGAGACUGGUGCAGACCUGGAGACAAAUCGACCCGUGUGGGGAGCGACGCACGCCGUUUUCAAGAUAUCAGAUGAGUGGUAUCGCGCCUUCCGGCAAGCAGGCGGUGCUGAAGCGAAUGGUGGCGACACGCUUGACGACGCGGAUUCGUCAUGGUAUAGUGUCCUGGAUCGACUGCAGUUGCGUCGCAGGGAAGAAGGAUUCGGGACGUUGCGCUGGUGCAUCAGGCUCGACCACGCGGUUCUGGAUUUGGAUCUCCCAUGCGAAUGGCGGCGAAUGCACUUCGACUUCAAUGUCCAUCUGCGCACGGGAUUCAUACGGGUUGCGUGGAAAGGCAUGCUCGUCCGCUUCCUCAAGACAGAACGACAAUACCGGUUACUACUGGAACAAAAAACCGACUCACACUAUACAUUCUCCCACCACGAAGACUGCCUCCGCUCCGUACGCCGCACCCAUCUCAUACGUUCCCUCACAGACAGCAAGGACGACAACCGCAUCCUCUGGCACCUCCGGCUUCUUCCACCACUCUGGGCCAGCGCCCCAUCCCCAAAACACACGCCCCUAAGCCUAACUCCCACCGAGAACGAUGCUGUAACCACACUCCUGCUCCUCCGGCGCACCGCCUCCCUCUCCGCCUCCCAACUCACCUACCUCCACUCCCUCCAUUCCGCCUACCAAACCAUGGAGUCCGCGCUCCGCGACCUGGAUGAAGCAUACUCUGAGUUCAAAUCCUACAUGAACAUGCCCGGUUUCCAGAUGAACAUCUUGCUACCCGCUAUGAUACGCAAUACGAAGAACAUACCGAGGAAUCCUGUGGCGUGGAGUGAUGAACUACGGGCGAAGAUUGAGGGGUUGGUGGAGAGGUGGCAGGGCCAGAGGGAGGUGGUGGAGAAGAUCAGGGGAAUGCUGGAGAGUAGUAACGUGGCGAUGGCUGUGCCGGAUGAUAGCUUUGAUGAGCUGGGCAGUGAUUUCUGAACUGGUCUGGGAUGGCAUGGGAUAUAAUGGCAGGAUUGAGACGUGAAAUGGAAUGUGUUGAGUCUGCGGGCGGGCUGGUAUGGCAGAUGGUUUAUUCUAUUCUUCAAAAUAGGGAAAUUGUGGUCAGACUAGAUACUUUUUGAUGGAAGAUUGUAACGGUGCUGCGCUAGCCUAUAACGGAUUUCGUAUUGGGUCAGACGCUUACGAGGUCAAAUUCUUUGAAUACAUGUCCUUAAAUCUUGAUUGAGGCAUGCGCUAUUUACUGCGCUAUAAAAUAAUGUGGGAUACCGUGGUAUGUAUACCUUUCAAGUAGACUUCAUCACACUCAGUGUUACCAAAGAGACAUGUAUGCGACGACAGUUCUGAUACACUGCACAUCUAAUCGAACAUCAUUCACAACAUCACAAUCAACUAGCAAUGUGAAGACGAAA